AUGGAUGUCACGGCCCUUCGAGACCGCAUCCAAUCUACUUUAGAUGCGAAUGCGGACACUCGGCAACAAGCGGAGUUGGAUCUGAAAUAUGCCGAGACUCAGCCCGGCUUCAUCAAUGCCUUGCUAGAUAUUCUGCAAGGAGAGCAGAACAAUGCCGUUCAGCUCUCGGCCGGCGUCUAUCUGAAGAACCGCAUCAGCAGAGGAUGGGCCCCUAUCGAGGAAAACGCGCAGCGUGCGAUUCCCGACAGCGAGAAACCGAACUUUCGCGAGCGACUGAUCCCCGCCCUAGCUUCGACGCCCCCAAAUGUGCGCGCCCAACUGGUUCCCCUGCUCCAGAAGAUCCUCCAGAAUGAUUUCCCUGAACAAUGGCCGGGUUUCCUGGACCUCACCCUUCAGCUUCUCGGAACGAAUGACGCGAACACCGUUUAUGCCGGCUUGCAAUGCUUGCUGGCUAUUUGCCGCGUAUAUAGGUUCAAGGCCGGCGAGAAGCGCGAUGAGUUCGACAAAAUCGUGGAACACUCCUUCCCUCAGUUGCUAAGCAUUGGGCAGAAGCUGGUGGAUGAGGAGAGUCUGGAAGCGGCUGAGAUGCUCCGCAUUGUUGUAAAGGCUUACAAGCAUGCCAUCUAUUUUGAGUUGUCCCCAGCUCUGCAGACCCACCAAGCGACAGUGGAUUGGUGCACCUUGUUCCUGAGAAUCGUAUCGAAGACCCCCCCCUGCAAACUCCAUGAGCGAAUCGAAAGAGGAGCAUACGGCAACCCCACUACGAUCACGAAAUCUUCUACCCCAGACUACACCCCGUUCGCGAAGACUUUCAUCACCAAUUUUGCUCCAGAGAUCUUGAAGGGAUACUUGCAGGAGAUUGAGAAAUAUGUCUCCAAGUCUCAAUGGCUCAGCAACUCGGCUCUUUCGUAUACAUUGGUUUUUAUGGAGGAGUGCGUCAAGCCCAAGGCGAUGUGGGACCACUUGAAACCUCACAUGGAGAACUUGAUUGCUCAUUUUGUGUUCCCAAUCCUCUGCCAGUCCGACGAGGAUAUCGAGUUGUUUCAGGAUGACCCUUCGGAGUACCUGCACCGCAAGCUGAACUUCUACGAGGAGGUCUCCGCCCCGGAUGUUGCUGCUACAAACUUCUUGGUUUCGCUCACUAAGAACCGCAAGAAGCUGACCUUCUCCAUUCUUAGCUUCGUUAACAGCGUGGUGAGCAAGUACGAAACUCUUCCUGACGAUCAGAAGGAGCCUCGCGAGAAGGAAGGUGCACUCCGGAUGAUCGGGUCGCUCGCAUCUGUAAUCCUGGGCAAGAAGAGCCCAAUUGCAGACCAGGUGGAGUACUUCUUUGUGCGCCAUGUCUUUCCUGAAUUCCGCAGCCCUCAUGGUUUCCUCCGCGCCCGCGCUUGUGAUACUCUGGAGAAGUUCGAACAGCUUAAUUUUACCGACCCUAACAACCUGAUGGUGAUUUACCGAAACAUCCUCGAGUCGAUGACUGAUCCAGAGCUGCCCGUUCGGGUCGAGGCCGCUCUUGCCCUUCAGCCAUUGAUUCGCCACGACAUCAUUCGCACAUCGAUGCAGUCGAAUAUUCCCCAGAUUAUGCAGCAGCUCCUCAAGCUUGCGAACGAGGUUGAUGUGGAUGCCCUUGCUAAUGUCAUGGAGGACUUUGUCGAGGUGUUCUCUACAGAGCUUACUCCUUUUGCCGUGGCAUUGAGUGAGCAGCUGCGUGAUACUUACAUGCGUAUUGUCGGGGAGCUCCUUGAGCGCAAUGCUACCAAGGGUGGGGAUGAGGAUGGCUAUGGCGACUUCUUGGAUGACAAGAGUAUCACCGCUUUGGGUGUGUUGCAGACUAUUGGCACUCUGAUUCUCACUUUGGAGAGCACCCCAGAUGUUCUGUUGCACCUGGAGACUGUCUUGAUGCCUGUCAUCAGCAUCACCCUGGAAAAUAAGCUCUAUGAUCUCUACAAUGAGGUGUUCGAGAUUAUUGACAGCUGCACUUUUGCUUCCAAAUCUAUUUCCCCUACCAUGUGGCAAGCAUUUGAGCUGAUUCACAAGACUUUCAAGGCUGGAGCUGAGCUGUAUCUGGAGGACAUGCUGCCGGCAUUGGACAACUUCGUUACUUACGGCUCCGACAUGCUGGCCCAAAACCCCGCUUAUCUAAGUGCUGUUGUUGGCAUGGUUGAAGAUAUCUUCCGUGAUGACAACGUCGGCGGUGUCGACCGUAUCUGUGGCUGCAAGCUCGCUGAGACACUGAUGCUCAACCUCCGUGGCCACAUUGACCAGUACAUUCCUCUGUUCGUCGAGUUGCCCAUGUCAGUCAUCAAUGCGGAAGAGGCUCGCACCAAGUCUUACCGUAUCCAUUUGAUGGAGAUGGUAAUUAACGCCAUUUACUACAACCCUGUUCUUACUCUUCAGUUCUUCAGCACGUGGUUCUCCAACAUCGACAACUUCCGCCGGGUGCACGAUAAGAAGCUCUCUAUUGCUGCUAUCAGCUCACUUCUUACCUUGAAAGCAGAGAAUGUCCCCACUCUCCCGGCAGCAAUGAAGAUGCGUGAGGAGGCCACCAGGGAAUCUGACUUCAGCCUUGACGACGAAGGUGACGAGGACGACGAAGAGAAUGACUGGGAUGGCGAGGUUGAGUGGAAUGAGGAUGAGGUUGAGGAAGCCGUCGAUGGCGACGUUGCCGAUGAGAGUGCGGCCUACCUCGAAUUUCUUAACCAAGAAGCUCAGAAGUUUGGAUCCUUCGCCGAUGAUGACGAUGAGGAUCUGGAUGAAGAGAGUCUUCUGGAGACACCUCUGGACAAGGUGGAGCCCUAUGGCAUGUUCAAGCACGUGUUCCUCAACCUCCAAUCAGAACAGCCACAGCUGUACGAGAGCCUGAUCAAGGUUCUUGGUCCCGAUGAGCAACAGAUUAUUCAGGCCGUCUUCCAUGAGGCCGAUGCAAAGGCAACUGCCGCCGCCAACGCAGAAGCUGCCGCUUUACAUAAUGGUACCCAAUAA